UGCGUGGCGCUGUUUGCCACGUACCGGUUGGCAAGAGACUUCCUGGUGCGAGGAGGAUCAGACGAGAAGGGCCUCGCUAGAGCACCGUCAUUGCAGGAUUUGUUACACAGGCCUGUGACUGAUAGCUCUCGAUUGUUUUAGUCAAGCUUUAGCCAAGGAUGACGUCAUAGCUGUGCGGCACCAUGAACGGGCAGCUGGACCUCAGUGGGAAGCUGAUCAUCAAAGCCCAGUUGGGCGAUGACAUCCGACGCAUCCCUAUCCACAACGAGGACAUCACCUAUGACGAGCUGCUGCUCAUGAUGCAGCGUGUCUUCAGAGGAAAGCUGCAGAGCUCCGACGAGGUCGCCAUAAAGUACAAAGAUGAAGAUGAUGACCUCAUCACCAUUUUUGACAGCUCUGACCUCUCCUUCGCCAUCCAGUGUAGCAGGAUACUCAAACUUACACUUUUCGUGAAUGGACAGCCAAGGCCGUUGGAGUCCAGCCAGGUGAAGUACCUGAGGAGGGAGCUGAUUGAGCUGAGGAACAAAGUCAACAGCCUGCUAGACAGCCUUGAGCCUCCUGCAGAACCUGGCUUCACCGCCAGCGAGCCUGACAGCGAUGCAGUGGAUGGGCGGGACGGUAAACCGGUGGCUCCAGACUCCACGGUGAAGCCACCGGUUCCAGUCAGCGCUGCCAGUAUGUCGGCCUUUGACCCUCUGAAGAACCAGGACGAGGUCAGCAAGAAUGUCAUAUCUGCCUUCGGGCUCACCGAGGACCAGGUCUCAGGCCCUCCGAGCGGCCCAGCAGAGGAACGUUCAGGCACCCCAGACAGCAUCGCCUCGUCCUCCUCUGCCGCCCACCAGCCUGGUGUGCCCUCCCAGCCCCAGGGUCCGUACGCUGCCCCCCCAGCCCAGCAGCAGCCCCCUGCAGCCAUGGAUGGCCAGGUGUACCAGCAGUACCAAGCCCCAGGUGGAUACCCCCCCCAGCAGCCAGCUGCCCCUCCCCAGCAGCAGUAUAGCAUGCAGUACCCAGCUGGUUAUACACCCCAGCCCGGGGCCCCCCAGCAACAGCAGCAGUUCCAGAAUUACACCCCGCCCACAUCGCAGGCUGCCGCCCCAGCACCAGGAUUCGCUGGCCAGCAGCAGGCCCCACCCCAGGGCGCCCAGCAGUACCCGCCUGGGGCCUUCCCCCCACAAAACUACACCUCUCAAGCCUCUCAGCCUGCUAAUUAUAACAUGCCCCCCACCUCACAGCCUGCUAUUGCCCCCACCCAACCCGGUGCUGGCUAUCAGCCCCGCCCAGGUUACACCCCUCCCCCAGGUAGCACAGUGACCCCGCCCCCUGGUGCUGCUAACCCAUACGCCCGGAACCGCCCCCCAUACGGGCAGGGCUACACCCAGCCAGGCCCCGGGUACCGGUAAGGCUUGAAAAUGUACAUGCUUCUCUGAGCAUCCUGGCUCAUCUCUUAAAUGAACAGCUGGUAUAAGAACUCCGGUGACCCACAUCCUUAAUUUUCCCCAUCAAAAAUUAAAACAAGAAAAAUAAAUAACCCCUAUACAACAGUUAUUGUCAAUCUGUAUUUAAAAGAGGACCACCCUCUGUGUUUUACUUUCAAGUUAAGCAGUAUGUGUACACAGAUGGGAGAGCAGACAGGGUGUGUAAUAUGAAAUGGUGGGUAUUUGUUUAGGUUUAUCACUUCUUCCCAUAUUAGUAGUAAUUGUAUGCAAAAUAAAAUCAACAUUUCUGGUUGGUUUAUUUGCUCUUUGUUUUUCUUUUUGAGAACACUACGUAAGUAUGUAUCAUAAAUAAUUAUUGGGAGAUGUCAGAACCAUCUGAAGGCAUUGAGUUAGCUGUAAGUCAAGAUCACUUUUCCUUUGCUUCUCUCCACUGGUUUUUACUAAUAUUUCAAUCAAGAUUCCACAUUGAAGUGAUGUUAGUUGUUAUGUAUGAACUGUAACAUUUUUCUUGGAAAGCUAAUAAAGGCAUUGAAACCCUGUUUGAAAUAUA